AUGGAAUUUGAUUGUUUAUUUUGGAGUUAUUGUUUGGGAUCGACAUCAGUUAUAUUUUUACUCUGUGUUGUGAUAGAAUGUAUUUUAUUAAUUCGUAGUCGAAGAAAAAUCUCGAAGAUAAAGUCAGCAUAUAAAAAGUUAAAAUCAAAUAUCGUAUCAGCUCCACGUGAAAUAGAGGCGAAACGACGCGAGUUGGACGCUCUAAAAAUCUCGCGCAGACAAGGGACACCACUCCCAAUUCCCGAGGGAGAUAACAUAGAAAAUCCUUACGAUACAAUCAAGCCAAAGGAGAAAACCAUGAAACCAAAGGACAACACAUUGCUCGCUGCUAGGGAUUCUGUAGGCGACAUAUUAAAAGAGAAACUCAAGCGAAAACGCAGGAAUAAAGUCACGUUCAGUUCGGAACAGUACGAAGUUAUUCCACAUUCUGUAGAACAAAUUACUUCCAAGAAACUCGAGGAACGAUCGCAUUCCAUGUCGCAUAUUUUAGAAGAACUUCCGGCUGCAAGACAGCCACCAUCCAGUUCGAAAUACGAGUUGACGUACAUGACUAUGCAUAGAAGACAAAAAUCCAAAUCAGAAGUGAAUCUCGAUCAAGCUGGGAAAUCAAAAAAGAGGCACGGCUAUCCAAAAUGUGAGAAGCCUCCAGAGCUUCCUCGUGGCAGUAAUUUUACUCAUUUGAACUCUCAUAUUGAAAGGGAAACGGAGAUCAACUCAAAAAAAAUUGAAAGUCUUAUAACGCCACCAGUGUCUUCAAAUAGUCAAAACCAUCAAACGGAGACCCAAUAUAACCAUCUUGACAAGGUAGCGACUGAUGAUGUAAUUGUGAACAUGGAUUGUGAAGAUGAUUAUGACGAAGAUGAAAUGUAUGAUAAAGAACUUGAGAAAUAUAUAGAAAACGUGCAGCAAGAAACGUCGGAACCUAAAAGCAACAUAGAACCAAUUCUUCCAAAUAAUAUGAGCUUAAAUUCUGAAUCCCAACUUUUGGAUGCCGAGAAGAGCACUGAUUAUGUAGCAAAUGACUCCAGCCACGAUGAGACAUUAGGGGAAUCGUACGACUUUCUUCCAGUUCCGAGACCGUUAACAAUCAUUUCCAGUUCCGACAACGAACUCGUUCCACCUACGCCGCACUGCGAUUGCGAGGGUAUAUUCAAUAGCCCAUCACCAACGCCAUCGAAAUUAAACAGUGUAUUCUGGAAUUAUUGUCUGGGUUUGAUAUCGAUAGUAUUGUUACUGAUUGUUAUGAUACAGUGUAUAUUACUAAUUUGUUGUCGAAAAAGGACAUCGAGGAUAUCGUCAGAAGUCAAAAAGCUACAAUUAGAUAUUGAAUCUGGACUGGGAGAAAAGGAGUCGAAACAACGAGAAAUGGACGUUUUGAAAAUCGCGCGCAAACAAGGGACACCACUCCCCACACCAAAGGGAGAUAACCUAGAGAAUCUUUACGAAACUAUUAAACCGAAAGAGAACACACUGCUCGCCGUCAGAGAUUCUCUAAGUGUUAGAUUAAAAGAUAAAAUUAUGAAUCGAAAAGGCAGAAAUAAGAUUGUCACUUUCAGUGAAGAACAGUUUGAAAUCAUCACUGAUUCGUUAGAACAAAUAGCAUCAGAGGGACUCGAAGAAUCACCGAUGCCCAUGUCGGAUAUUUUAGAAACUGACGAAUUUGCGACGAAUCUUCCGUCAACUUCAGGAAACAAAGUCGAGUCUACCUACAUAGUCAUGCAUGGAAGUCAAAAAACCAGAGCAGAGGUGAACCUUCAGACGUCUGGGCAACCAAGAGAAACGAGUCACGUGUAUGCAAAAUGCCAGAAGCCGCCGCCGCUCCCAUGUAGCAGACGUGCCAAGUUGAACCCUCAAGGCACGGUGGAGAACAAGAAUGUAUCAAAGGAACCAGUAUCGUCGAACAGCCCAGAUGCUAAAAGUAAAAAUCAAGACAAAACGGCAACUGGUGAUGGAAUUUUGCACACGGAUGGCGAAGAUGAGUUUGACGAAGAUGAAAUGUACAAUAAAGAAAUUGAGAACUAUUUGAGUACAGACAAACUUGGUUCACUUCGAAGCUCAAAUGUCCAGAAAGAAUGGUCGGAUCCGAAUUUCAUGGACCGACACAGCACACCGAUUCUGCCGAAAAAAAUGAGUUUAAAAUCCAAAUCCAAAGAAGAUGUUCAUAACGAAUCCGGACACGAUGCGACGUCUCUUGAAUCGUACGACGUUCUCCCAAUUCCGAGACCAGUAACGACUAUUUUGAGGUCCGGAAACGAACUGGUUCCACCGACACCGUACUGUGGUCGCAAAUUUUUAUACAACAGUCCAUCGCCAACGCCGUCGAGAAAGAGUAACAUUUCCGAAAAGAGUAUUUCAAAUAAAAAGCCGCAAAAAUCAAAAAUGGCGAAAAAACUGAAAAAAAUGGAGGAUUUGAUCAACAAAAGUUUAAGGUGGAAAUCAAAAUCGAAACAGGACGAGGAAUUCGGUCCAACAAAGGGAAUUGGGUCGUUGGUUCAAAACAGCUUUUACAGUCCCACGGGUUCGAAUCCGAUAUUGGGAAAAAUUCCAUCUGAAGAAAGGAAACCAUCCCUGUCAGACAUCAACCGCCUUCAGGAACGUCUGAACAUGACCAAUACGUCAUCAGACAGGCUUAGUAGCGCCAGUUCCAUAGCAACGCCGCCAAUUCUGAGACGGACUUCCAAUGUAAGUCAAGCUAAUAAUGAUGAGUGA